AUCGUUUUCUCCCUCACUGGCUUGUUGUACUGAAUAUAAGGUUACUUACAAAGCACAAGUGUCUUGAUCUUGAGAUCUUUUUUAGCCGAGUGGUAAUUAUAUCCACUCGUCUUUUGUACCACUUUAUUUCUGAGCUCUUGAGCCUCGACCAGUCUUGCUCUCAACACCUCAGCACUAACUACAACCACUGGUAACCUUCGAUAUGGAUCUGCCUCAGAAACUCCCUCUAAGCAUGGUCCUGCGUCGAGUGGCCGACCACCUCCACGAUCACCACAACGACCUCACUGUGGCGCUCUCCACUAGCCAUGUCACGUACGAAGAAGCUCUAUCAGCAGCUAUAGAGUGUGCGCGUGAGCUUCCUGACCGCAUCCUUCUACCCACCACCAACCCAGCUCGACGAGAAGCUUUACGAAUCCAGGCUAUUGAAAAUAAACGUUUGUUAGAUGAUGCCAUUCUCUUACCAGGUCGUCUAACUUCUACCACGGGCAAACUAAAUCCAGAAGAUUGCCCAAAAUCUCCCUCCCCAGGCAGUCGUGCCAUACUCAAUGAUAACCUCUGGGAUGAGAUUGAUUCACCGCCGCACUGAAUAUAGGGUUACUUACGAAGCACAAAAGUGUUAUGAUAUCUUU